AAAUUCUAGGGCAUUGUCGGUGAUCGUUUGCUUGCCCUGGAGCGACGAUGGGCUAUCUCUCCAAUCGCGUCGAUGAGGCGUCGCUCCAGCCCGGCGAUCACAUCUACUCCUGGCGAUCCGGCUACGCCUACGCGCAUCACGGCAUCUACAUCGGCGAAUCGCGCGUGAUCCACUUCACCAGGGGCCGGGAUCAAGAGAUCGGCACGAAUACCUUCCUGGACACGAUAAUCUCCAGCUCUGGCCCGGCUCCAUCCACGGCUACUUGCGAAAUCUGCGGCAACGAGCCAAACAGCCAUGGCGUGAUCAAAUCGUGCCUUUCGUGCUUCCUCGCCGGCUGCCCGCUCUACAGAUUCGAGUAUAGCACCUCUCUCGCAACGUUCUUCGUCAAAAUCCGUGGUGGUACGUGUAGUCUCGCCAUUGCCGAUGAUCCCGAGCUGGUUCUCCACCGCGCGAACUAUCUGCUAGAGAAUGGUUUUGGGUGCUACCAUAUCUUCCGGAACAACUGCGAGGACUAUGCGAUCUACUGCAAGACGGGGCUUCUCGUCAAGGAUAGAACUGCGAUUGGUCGCAGUGGACAGGCGAUUUCUUUCAUCGGGCCCCCGGUUGCCGCCAUCCUCUCGUCGCCAUUCCGGUUCCUCAUGUCCAGCCCGUGGGGAUUUGCUCUCUCCACAGUCGGGGUCUACUACGCGAGCAAGUACGCGGCGGAUGUUGGGAUUAGGAACGACGUUGUCAAGGUUGCGGUGGAAGAUCUGGCGAUCAACGUGGAUGUGGGAUUGGAGCGGUGAAGAUUCGGCGGUCUCCGAGUACUAUGAGACCAUCUAUAAGUUUCGAGUGCCGUAUAUCAUCAAGUUUCCUGGUAGACAGUGCUUGCUUCCAUCUAGAAUCGACAUGGUAUUCAUUUUGGUUUCUUGUCUUUCAGAUACCACCAUAUUGUUGUGAUGUUAUACUUCAUAUCGGGGUAUGCCAUUGUUAUUUUCCAUAUGUAAUAUCAGUGUGUUCCAGUUGUCCAAAAAAAUUUCUCAAAGCUUUUCUCAA